UCAUGAAAUAGUGAUGUUAAAAUUUGAUUGGAAUUAGAAAAGAUAAUAAUAAUACUUUGGACCAAUAAUCCAAAGAGAAGAGAAUUGGGCAUUCAUUUUUUCUAAAAUGUUGACAUAUUGUGGCCCCGACAUAAAUGCCAUUGACUUCUUCUACUGCAAAGACUUGCAAGUCUUCUUUCUCAAACUUUAAUCUUUUCAUAUCUGGCCUCUUCCUUCAUAUAGAGUUUGAUUGCAGAGAGCUCUGUUCAGCAGCCUGAGCUGAAACCUCUUCUCUUCCCACAUUAAAAAUGCUGCUCUCAUACUCUCUUUACCUUCUCCUUCUCCUCCACAUCUUUCCAAGAAUCCCAACCACCUCUGCCGCCACGCCUGCAUACACGGCCACCGAUCUCAUCCUCCUCAACUGCGGCUCACCAUCAAACUUGAACGAUACCAGCAGUCGGAGCUGGGACAGCGACGAGCGUUCAAGAUACGCUCCACCAAACGCCGCCAGCAUAUCUUUGAGCUCCAUGGCUUCCUCUAUGGCCCCCUCCGUUUUCCACGUCCCUUAUCAAACGGCCCGUGUUUUCCGUUCCUCGUUCACCUACGCUUUCCCCGUCCUUACAGGCCCGAAAUUCCUUCGCCUUUACUUCUACCCCGACACAUACUCCGGCUUCAACACUUCUCAAUCUUUCUUCUCGGUCACUGCCAAUGGCUUCACUUUGUUAAGCAACUUCAGUGCUUUUCUGAACUCCCCGUCACCUUCAAGCCCUUCCUUUAUGAAAGAAUUUGUCGUCAAUGUUCAAGAAAAACAGAGGCUGGAUGUAACAUUCUCCCCGAAUCCAAACUCUUUUGCCUUUGUCAAUGGGAUUGAAAUUGUUUCACUUCCAGAUAAACUCUACUUCCGGGGAAACGAUGUGCCCAUCAAAUUUGUGGACCAGCUGUUUUAUCUCAAGGACGAUACCGCUCUGGAGAAUCUUUACCGGCUAAACGUGGGCGGUGCCGAUGUUGCAAUUGAAGACGACAGCGGGCCUACCCGCGGCAUGUUUCGGGCCUGGUCCCAAGAUGAUGACCUUAUAUUCGGGUCGGAUUUUGGUUUCACCCCUCAUCUUGAGGACUUCCAGAUCAACUACACUAACCAGACUCCGCCUUACAGUGCACCGGAAAUAGUGUAUAAAACAGCCAGAACGAUGGCGAACACAAGCUUAAGUCUGGAGUGGGCAUUUCCCGUUGAUUCCGGGUUUUACUAUCUGCUCAGAUUCCAUUUCUGCGAGUUUCAGCGGGAAAUAACGGAGCAAAACCGAAGGGUUUUCACAAUUGCUGUCAAUAACCAGACGCAGGAAAUUCAAGCAGACGUCAUUUUCUGGUCCGGCGCCCGUGGAAUUCCCAUCUUCAGAGACUACAUAACAUGGGUUCCUGACGACGGCCGCCGUGGGAAGAAAGCCCUACGGCUUUCUUUGUUCCCUAACAUGGAGGGACAGCCAAUGUAUUCAAGCGCUCUGUUAAAUGGUUUAGAGAUUUUCAAACUCAGCGACUCUGGCCGGAGUCUUGCAGCUGCCAACCCUGGUCCUAAGACGACUUCUUCCUCGCCUGCAGCAGUGGUGAAUCCACCACUGGGGAAGAAGAGGAAGGGAGGAUCAACGGUUGUUUACGCUGUCACAGGGAGCAUCGUGGGCGUUCUUUCGGUAGUUGCAGCCUUGAGUUUCUUGAUUUUCAGGCGGCGACGAAAGCUGAAGGACACUGGAACAACGAGUGCUACCAAGACAUCGUGGGUGCCUUUAUGGACCACAUCAAGGUCCACCACCAGGACCAAUGGAUCGCGUUCAUCACUUCCGUCCGACUUAUGCAGACAUUUCUUGCUAGAGGAGAUCAAAAUUGCUACAGAUAACUUCGAUGAGAAUUUUCUGAUUGGCAGGGGAGGAUUUGGCAAUGUCUACAAAGGGUACAUCGAUGACGGAGCCACAGCCGUGGCAAUUAAAAGAUUAAACCCGUCGUCAAAUCAAGGAGCACGCGAAUUCCUGACAGAAAUUGAGAUGUUGUCCAAGCUAAGGCACCAUCACUUAGUGUCUUUAAUUGGCUAUUGCGAUGAGAAUGGAGAGAUGAUCUUAGUCUAUGAUUACAUGGCGAAUGGCACUUUACGUGACCAUCUCUACAAUUCAGAGAAUUCUCCACUAUCAUGGAAGAAACGACUGCAGAUUUGCAUUGACGCAGCCGAAGGAUUGCACUAUCUUCACACUGGCGCCAAGCAUACCAUCAUUCACCGUGAUGUCAAGUCCACCAACAUCUUACUAGAUGAGAAAUGGGUGGCCAAAAUGUCCGAUUUCGGCCUGUCAAAAGUAGGGCCAACAGGUGGGGCGCAGACCCACGUUAGCACUGUGGUGAAAGGCAGCCUUGGCUACGUGGAUCCCGAGUACUACAGGCGGCAACAGUUGACGGACAAGUCUGAUGUCUAUUCCUUUGCCAUAGUAUUGUUGGAAGUUUUAUGCGCAAGGCCUGCCAUAAUUCCUAGCCUCCCAAGGGAGCAAGUGAACUUGGCGGAGUGGGCUAAAUUUUGUUAUAGGAAAGGGACGUUUGAGCAAAUUAUUGAUUCCAAUCUUAAGGAUCAAAUUGCACCCGAAUGUUUGAAGAAAUUCGUGGAAACGGCCAUCCACUGCAUUAGCGACAAGGGAAUUGAUAGGCUAGCAAUGAGUGAUGUCCUUUGGAUGCUCGAGUUCGCAAUGCAGCAGCAAGAGGGGGCGGACUGUAGAGGUAGCAACAAGGCGGAAGGUGGUGACAGCUUCUUUGCAGCAAGUCCAUCAUUGCCGUUGCUCGCAGUUGGAGAACCGGACACAACGGAUGAGGAAAUGCUUUGGGGGAGUAGUGAAGCUGCUCUGUCUGGAUCAAAGAGCAGCGGUUUAUCCACCUCCAGCAGUGAAAAGUUGAAGUCUGGGGAUAUUUUCUCUGAAAUCAUGACCCCCUUAGGACGUUGAGAUGUUGAUCGAAUUUCAUAUCCACUAUUUACUAUCGGUUGUGUUUCUUUUCUUGGGUAAUUGUCAGGCAGUGACAUUCUUCUAAGUUAGUUCCUGGCGAGGCGCGGACUUGGGAUCUAAAGUUUGCAUCAUUGGACACGAAGGUCCAAGGUGGCUGGCUGAAAGACAUAGUCAAUCCACCCAAUUUUUGAGCUGUCGUUUGUUGUAGAAAUUAAAUGAUCCAUGACUGGUGUAUAAGUUUUGUAUUUUCUAGUACUGA